AUGAAACCUUUCGCCCCAUUCGCGUCCCUCGUCUCGCUCGCGAUCUCGGUCGUCGCCCAUGAAGGACAUGACCACGACACGCAAAUGCCUCUUGACUACGUCAAGUAUCCCUGGCAGGCCGUAUACCCCGGCGACAACGAAGUCACUGCUGACUCUAUUUUCUCCGGCAUCACUACCUUCGCCAAGCUUCCAUGGGUCCAAUGUCUUGGUAAGGACAGGAAUGUCGCCUUUGACGUCGCGUUCAUCGGCGCCCCCUUCGACACGGGCACCUCGUACCGUCCGGGCGCUCGCUUCGGACCCGCGGGUAUCCGCGCGGGCUCGCGGCGGCUCACGCUCUACGGGGGGUACAACGUUCCGCUCGCGGUGAACCCGUUCCGGUCCGGCCUCAAGAUCGUCGACUGCGGCGACAUCCCUGUCACGCCAUACGACAACAAGUACGCGAUACAGCAGAUCGAACAAGGACACAAGGCGCUGCUGCACCGCGCGCCGUUCUCUCCGCUCGGUAACGAUUCGCUCACCGGUGCCCCGCUGGAGCCGCUGGCCGUGGAUGGGAAGAGCCAUCCGCGCAUCAUCACGCUCGGUGGCGACCAUACGAUCGUGCUCCCUCUUCUGCGCUCCAUCUACAGCGCGUACGGCGCGAUUUCCGUCAUCCACUUCGACAGCCACCUCGACACGUGGAAGCCCUCCGUCUUCGGCGGUGCGCCCUCCGACCAGGCCGCGAUCAACCACGGCACCUAUUUCUACUGGGCCAGCCAGGAGGGCCUCAUCAAGAAUGGCUCGUCAAUUCACGGCGCAAUCCGCACAACGCUCUCAGGCCCUGCCGACUACGCCAACGACGACGCGUCCGGCUUCCAGCGGAUUGAAGCGCGCGAGAUUGAUACCAUCGGCACUGCGGGAAUCAUCAAGAAGAUUCGCGAGACCGUCGGCGACGAGCCCGUCUACCUUUCCAUCGAUAUCGACUCGAUUGACCCUGCGUUUGCGCCAGCGACAGGCACCCCUGAGACGGGCGGGUGGUCGACGCGCGAACUGCGCACGAUCUUGCGUGGGCUUGACGGGCUGCACAUUGUCUCGGCGGAUAUCGUUGAGGUGGCGCCCGCAUACGACACAAACGCCGAGCUGACCACCAUGGCCGCGGCCGAUGUGCUGUACGAAGUGCUGAGCGUCAUGGCGAAGACGCCCUUAGGUAAGGUCGCGGCUUAG